UACUAUCUUUCGUUCGACAACAGUGUUGGAGGAAGUAUUAAACAAUGGCGGACGCAGCUCCAGCCGGUGGUCGUGGCGGUUUCCGUGGUGGAUUCGGUGGUGGUAGUAGAGGAGGUGGCCGAGGGGGCCCCAGAGGUCGUGGACGUGGACGCGGUAGAGGCCGUGGUCGCGGAAAGGAAGACCAGAAGGAAUGGGUGCCUGUAACUAAGCUAGGACGGUUGGUAAAAGAUGGUAAGAUCCGCUCUUUGGAGGAGAUCUACCUGUUUUUUUUACCAAUCAAGGAGUAUGAAAUCAUCGAUUUCUUCAUUGGGUCAGAACUGAAUGAUGAGGUUUUGAAGAUCAUGCCUGUUCAGAAACAGACACGUGCUGGUCAACGUACUCGUUUCAAGGCUUUCGUAGCUAUUGGUGAUAGCAAAGGCCACAUUGGUUUGGGAGUGAAGUGCAGCAAAGAAGUUGCUACUGCUAUCCGUGGAGCCAUCAUCUUAGCCAAGCUUUCUGUCGUACCAGUUCGUAGAGGUUACUGGGGUAACAAAAUCGGUCAACCCCACACAGUGCCUUGCAAAGUCACCGGAAAAUACGGGUCUGUAACUGUACGUCUCAUCCCAGCUCCCCGUGGUACUGGUAUCGUUUCUGCUCCUGUUCCCAAGAAACUACUGCAGAUGGCGGGUAUCGAAGACUGCUAUACAUCAGCCAAGGGCUCCACUGGUACUCUGGGUAAUUUCGCCAAGGCAACUUAUGCAGCAAUUGCAAAGACUUACGCAUACUUAACGCCAGAUUUGUGGAAGGAGAUGCCUCUUACCAAGACACCCUACCAGGAGUUUGCGGAUUACCUGUACAAAAAUCACCGCAAUGAAUCUGCCGCAGCACGUACUGAAACUGCUUGGAUCGUGUUUAACAGCAAUGUAAUAAAAACAUUAAAUAUAUAUGUAUUGUACUAUCAAUAUGGAAAAUGUCGAAAGUGUGUCCAAUUUUCAAAAAAGGAGAUAAAAAAUUACAGACCAAUUUCUAUCAUAUCCAACUUUUGUAAAGUGUUUGAGAUGCUCCUUGAGAAGACAAUCUACUGUCAUGUUAGCAACAUUAUUAGCCCCAAUCAACACGGUUUCAUGAAAGGACGUUCAACCAUCACCAAUCUUGUAACAGUCACUCAAUGUAUUGCGGAGGUUAUUGAUUGUCAGUCUCAGACUGAUCUCAUCUACACUGAGUUUUCUAAAGUGUUCGACAGACUAGACCAUAGUAUCCUGCUCAACAAGCUUUCGACUUUUGGGUUAUCCAAUAGCUUAAUUACUCUCUUCAAAUCGUAUUUUUACAACCGUAUGUAG